CUUUUAUUCGGUCUUCUGAACACCGAGCCCAAUGUUUUUGACAAGAGAACGCGUGCCUUAGAUCAUUUGUAAAUAAUCCUAUUUUACAUUAUCUAUUGAUGUACUCAUCAGCAUCAUGGAUCCAGGGACAGACUAUUGUCAGAAACUCCAAAAAGUUUUAGAAUUCCUCCAGUCGUCAAUUUGUCAGAUUCAUGAUGACACAUUAUAUCAAAGGCUGCUGGAUAGCUUGAGUGAAAAGAUGAUCAGUGCUGAGCUUGCAGAGAAAUGUGGUGUAAUUAAUUUUCUUCAGGAUGUAAAAGAUAAACCUGAGGUCAACCAUGACACUUUGGUGUUCGCUGUGCAGUUAGCAGGGAGGCUUGUGUCCAAGAUCACAUUUUCUGAAGCUCACCUGAGCAUCAUGUCAACAUUGAUUGAAUCAGUCUUAUCAAACAAUCUCAUGGAAAGUCUUUCUGUCUCCUGUGCAUUCUUCACAACAUUGACAGCUGUUCUUCAUGGUCCAUGUGUCAUAGACUUUUUUGAAAAUUUAGAUCUGAAAGGGAUACUUAAGAAGUCAUUCGAUAUUUUGAGAGAUGAGAGGAGUAUUUUCCUGUCCAGAGCUGUUUCAGAUUUUAUUUAUUCCGUAUUCACCAGUGAGAUGGCUAAAUCUGAAGAAGCAAGAAGUCUUCUCAAAGAACUACAGGCCACCAUUGUAGAGUUGAACAAUAAAAAUUGCCAAAACGUUAUCUCCCCUCCCAUGAAUUGUUCUCUCAGAGUACUGGAGAAAGUUCCAUGUCUUUUUAGUGACUGUUUUGAUGAGAUUUUAGAUGCCUUAAUUUGGUUAAUAGAGAAUGGGAAUGUGUCAUCUGUUAUUACGGCCACCAGAUGUGUGUGUAGCCUAUAUCAAUGCCAAACUGAUACAGAGGUCAUCAGAUUAAAAACACAGGUUUCUAUGGUGAUGAACAAAGUUGACAGUGUAAGAUGUCUUCAUGCUGCGAAGGUUCUUUUUCCUAUUAAAAUUGUAGAAAGAAGUGAUUUGGAAAAAGUAAUACUAAAGCCUCUACAAAUGCUGGACAGUGAAGAAAAUCCACCAACCAAUUUCUCAUGUCUCUCUGCUGUGUCACUGAGUCUUACAGUUGUCCAUGACUGUAACAUGCAUAAUCCGAAGGUUUGUAAUUAUGUUUCUAAAGUCAUGAGGUUGACUGCUGGUAGACAAGGAGAAAUGACUGAUGCAGGCCAAUCUCGUAACCCUCUCACCGGCAACAGAAAAAUACAACUGAAAUGUCUUGAGUAUUUGGAAUCGUAUGUCUGUAAAGAGUUGAUUCCAUCUGUAGCUUGCACUGCUUGUAUCAUCGCUUCUGCUUCCACAGAUCACACGAUUUAUAGAAAAUGUCUUGAUUGUGUGUGUACAUUGCUGCCUGAAGUUUUAUCUAGUUCUUGUCACUCAGAAGAAUCUCCAGUUAAGAAUAGAAUAAGAGACUUGGUUCAGAGGAAUUUCUGCAGUAUGGGAUGGGAAUUCAGAGACACCAGCUGUGAAUUUGUUAGGGAUCUUCUUGAAAAAUACAAAGAAAAUGACAUUGUGUUGAACUGGAUUCUGGACUCAAAAUUCCUUGUGUUUGCCUAUCAGGCCAUAAAUGAUGGUGAGAGUUAUGUAAGAGCCUCUAGUCUUCUCACUCUACAGACUGUUCUGCUCUCUACCCCAUGGCUUGUAAAAGGCCUACUACAGGACAUGGCAGUUACAAUGGAUGAGAUUAUCACCAAGGUGUUAGAUAUCUGUAAUGACGACAGUGAGGCUUUCCCCAGGAGGCGUGCGGUGAAUCUCCUGAAACACUGCUGGUGGAUCCUCUGUGACCAGUUAGAGUGGAAUUCUUUACAAAGUAUCAUUGAGUGUUUCUCCAAAUCACUACCACUGGACUUCGACUGGGAAGUCAAACUCAUAGUUGUCAAUUUUUGGUGUAUGGUCCUUAAGAUGUGUUUUGCAGCAGAUGUUGACACCCGGUUGUCAGUUUCCAGUUUGUCAUUGGUUACUUCUCCUGAAUGCUUGAAAUUUAGAAAUGAAGAUAAAAUAGAUCAAUUUUCUAUUACUACUGCUGUUUAUGUAAUUCUGAAUCUUUUUAAUGAUUAUGAUCCUAGUGUUGGUGAGAAAGCUUACCGGGAACUUCUCUGGAUAAGUGAAGCAUUAGAGAAGCAGAUUUUGGAAGAAAAGCCACCAACAAAUGAGAAGACGGUUACUUUUUGGCAUUCUUGUCAAUGUUGUAGAGGCAUGAUUGAAAAACUUUAUGAAGAAGUAAUGGAGAUUAUGGAGCCUAAAAAAGUAGGGUCCAAAUUUAGUAAUAACUCCGACUUAUCACUUUUAGAUGAUAUUUUGUCAUUAGACAGAGACCAUGAAGCAGAGGAUGAAGACAAUGUGAUUGAUUGCUAUUAAACUUAGCUAAAAUCAUUCUCAUGUAAAACAUUGUUUUUAAUAAUUGCUUGUAAUUUAAUUGUAUUAAAUAAAAUUAAGUUUGA